CCCUUACACUCUGUCUCCUUCUCUCUCUCUCUCUCUCUCGCUCUCAAGAGUGCUAUGGUGGAUCUUCAGACGGUGUGCUGCAUGUGCGGCGACGUUGGUUUCCCCGACAAGCUUUUCCGAUGCAACAAAUGCCGCCACCGCUUUCAGCACUCGUAUUGCAGCAACUACUACGGGGAGUUACCUGAAAUACAACUGUGCGAUUGGUGCCAAACCGCAAAAACCGUCGCUUCCAAUUCCAAGAAACCGCCAUCUCUUGCCGGAACAACCAACCGUUCGGAAUAUUCCGGCGACAAAAUCAAGCAUCAUGAUCGCGAAGGGUACAAGCUUCUCAAGGAUGUCAUGUGUUAAAACAAAUAAACAAGAAGCUUAGAUCAGAUCAACAUCAAUCACCACCACUACUACCACUACUACUAGCUAGCUAGCUAUAUUAAUUAGUAUUAGUCUUAAUUAAUUAGGUGACUAUUUAUAUUACUCUGUGUCCAUGUAGUAGAGCUUUGUGUGCGACGCGAAAUUGCAUGUGUGUUUAUAUCUUUGAUCUUGGCUUGAUGAGUUGCUUUUUCUAUCGAGCUAAGUAAUAUAAGUUGUGAAUACAGCUAUAAAAAUAUGGAUAUGUAUAUUUAAUGUAUUAUCUAGCUUCAACUUUU